CACACUUGGUAAACGGAAGUACUAUUCUGUGCAGAAACGUACACAAACCAUCACAGAUACACGUGGAUGGUGCGAGUGAUCUGCUUCCUCAUUUUCCUACAUGCGUGUUUCCAUGUAGUCCCUGGAAUGGCAGCUGGCGAGGGAUACCUCCAGAUGAGGCAGUUUCGGAGCCCCAUGCUGAGAGCGGUGUACAACCGACUCCAGGAGGACCAGAAGCACCAAAAUGACCGGCAUAAAUAUUGGUACUCUAUCAACAGUACAUUGUUGCCUGAAAGCUUGUGCGAAAAAGUCAUAGAGUUUCACCAGGAUGAACAGACUAACAGUUUUCUUGACACCUGUUACGAGAAAGCUGAUUGGAUAUUUACCCAGAUAGGUCACUCCCUCUCCAAGUCCCUGCUAAGCUGGUUCAUGACACCAACUUCUGUCAAUGGGUUGUUACAGCGAGGCUCCAUGUUUGUCUUCUCUGAUUCUCAACUUCAACAGCUCUUACAGAUUGAUGAUUCCUACAGAGGACAGAAUAUGAUAGACCUCGGGGCAGGGGAUGGUAUGGUGACAGAAAAAAUGGCCAAGUAUUUUGACACUGUAUAUACGACUGAAGUUUCAUCUACUAUGAGGUGGCGCCUUCAAAGCAAGGGUUAUAUAGUACUCGAGAUUGACCAGUGGGGAGAUGGCAGUACGAAGUAUGAUUUGAUUGGCUGUCUCAACUUGUUGGACCGAUGUGACAAGCCAGUCACAAUUCUUCAUACGAUCAGAAAAUCCCUUACCCCGUCUGGGCGAGCCAUUGUAGCAGUGGUGCUUCCCUUCCAUCCCUAUGUAGAACAAGGUUCUACUGAUCACAAACCUACAGAAAACAUAAUGAUACAUGGAAACACAUUUGAAGAUCAGUGUAAAAGUUUCAUAGAGAGUGUGUUCGAGCCAGCUGGCUUUGAGGUUGAGAAGUUCUCCAGACUUCCAUACUUAUGUGAAGGAGAUAUGCACCAGUCCUUUUACAUGCUACAAGAUGCUGUGUUUGUUCUCAAAGUCAAAAAGGAUGGUUGAUCCUUAAUUUUAAAAACAUGUAAUAAUGUUAUACCAUGGAUGUUUUUCAUAUAGGGACCAGAAAUGUAUAUUUAAGAUUGAAGACAGGUUUGAAUUGAAAAGUUAUUACAAAUGUGAUAUCAUAUAUCUGAAUCAAGUUGUAUUUGAAUUCAGUCUGGGUGUGUGUGUCAUAUUUAUCUGGAGGGUACCAAAUUUCAAAGGACUGAUUUUAGGAAAAUAAUACUACAAGCCACUUUGAGUCAUUAUUUUAAUCAAUAACUUUGAAAUAAAAAGACAAACAACUUAACAAAUUGCUAAAAAUGCAGGUACAUUACAAAGUACGUUGAUUUGUUCGGAGAAGUGUGACCCUGGAUUGAUUGACCGUAUACUGUAAUGGUUAAGAUGUACAUGUAUUACAAAGAAUGUACAUAUUAUAACAAAUAUCUUACU